AUGGAUAUAUCCAACGACCAAACCGGAAACAAAGGCUCGGACCAAGGUUACGAAUUCUAUCUAUAUCCUCGACAAGCUUCAGGGAAUUCGAGAUUUGUCUUAGGCCCUGCAUCAGAACAAGUAUUCGAACGAGAGUUGAUGGAGAACAAUACUUUGUCCGAAAUAGCCUUCCCUGUUGUCGAAAUAGGAAUGACGACUCACGACAUGGGCCUCCAAGAUCCUCAGUGGCCGCAAGAGCAGAAUUGGCAAGUUGCUAUGCGCAGACUGGGCUUUCCGAUGUCGAAUCUUGGACUCGAGACAGACAACAUGGUCCCUGACGCUGGCGAGUCGCUUGAAACAUUGCUCGACUACCAUCAGCUAGAUCCUAGUGGCGAAUGGCGGCUUGCAACUCCACAAGACUUCCCAGCAUCUAACACUGCACUCGGAAUCCGACAGGAGCAGCCCCAGAUCCUCUCUGCCGGAUUUCGGGCUGAUCCAUGGCCAAAAGCUCUCGAAGAUUAUCUGAUGGCGUCCAGGAAGAAUGGUUGCACUUAUCCCGAAAUCAGUGCCAAAAUGCUUCAAGAAUUUGGCGUCGAGAGGAGUGCAAAUGUUCUCCAGAAGAAACAUCGCAUGAUCCGAGAACGUGAUGCUGAAGAAAAUGGAAUCAUGCAGUUUCUCAAAGGCGCUACACCAAGUCUUCUGCGUUGUCUUCAGGAUGAGAUGAACAAACUGGACCCCAAGGUAAUGAACGAGGAGCUUCGCCAGGAGGUAUGGGAAGAGCUGCAACGCAAGUUGCCGAAACUUGUUCACACUCUAGCUCUCCAGACGCGAAUUGGGAACUAA